AUGGCCGAUUACGUUGAAGAACACGAGAAACACGAAUCGGAAGCUGAAUCGCUGAUUGAUAAGAUCACUGAUAAGUUUCACGGCGACAAUUCGUCGUCAUCGUCGAAUUCGGAUGACGAGAAAGACAUCAAGGCCACGGCUGCAGCGGUCAAGGCAAAGAUCUAUCGUCUCUUUGGCCGCGAAAAGCCCGUGCACAAGGUUCUAGGCGGUGGGAAACCUGCUGACAUUUUGCUAUGGAGGGACAAGAAGAUAUCUGCUGGAGUGCUUGGUGUUGCCACUGCAGUUUGGAUGCUUUUUGAACUGCUUGAAUACCAUUUGCUCACAUUAGUAUGCCAUAUUCUAAUUCUGGCCCUUGGAGUUCUUUUCCUGUGGUCAAAUGCAUCCACCUUCAUCAAUAAGUCUCCGCCUCAAAUCCCCGAAGUCAUCCUACCUGAGGAUAUUUUCCUUGGUGUAGUUUCUGCCCUUAGGAUCGAAUUCAACAGGGCUUUUGCAAUUCUUCGAGAUAUCUCAUCUGGGAAAGAUCUGAAGAAGUUCCUCACAGUAAUUGCUGGCCUCUGGGUAUUUUCAAUUCUGGGAAGUUGCUGGAACUUCCUGACCUUGUUAUACAUAUGUUUUGUUUUGUUGCAAACGGUGCCUGUGCUUUACGAAACAUUCGAGGACCAGGUCGAUGCUUUUGCUGAGAAAGCCGAGGCUGAGAUCAAAAAGCAGUAUGCUGUGUUCAAUGUCAAGGUUUUGAGUAAUUAUCUCAAAGGCCCGUUGAAAACCAUGAAGCUGGCUUAG